CUUUCUCUCUCAUUUUUCUCUCUUUCUGUUGCAUUCCGUAUCUUUGCCUGCCUCUCUCUUCUCCCCUCGCCAUUUUUAGGGUUUCCAGCUACUUUCUCUCCCAGGCGGGUUAAUUCAGUCUCUUCUUCAUCGACUAUUAGAGAUCAGGAAGAGGCUUAGUACAAACUUGCUGCAAUUUGAAAGCAUAUAACUAUAUCCUUUCCUCCCGAAGACCAUUGUGCGAAGAAUGUUUGACCGCCUUUUAUGAAUGCAGUGUUGUUCUGGGGAUGAGAAGUUUUGAGGAACUCUGUGCUUAAUGGACUGCUCACCCAACAGCAGUGACAAGAAAACGUUGAAGAGGUGGUUUUUCAUUGACAAAAGGGUCGGCUAAAACAAGUACAUUUCUUGAACUUAGGAGCAUACUCUGUGUUGUUGACAGAGCGCCAUUCAUAUUAAACACUACAAACUACAAAACUUUGUCACUUUGAUUAGCACUUGGCAACGAAACUGGAUCCAAUGGAGUUGAAGACAAAUCACGCUGCUCCGGUCCUCACGGACCCUCCACCGAUAAGUAAGUCAAGACUAGGCCUCCAUUCUAGUUUGUUGCCAUUCUCACAGCAAGGAGCAUCAUUCUCCUCUGGCAAGUACAUUAACAUCCCAAGGAAAAAGCCAGGAAAGCUCGAUGAUGUUCGGUCCAAUGGUUGGCUUGAUGCCAUGAAAUCCUCUUCACCUCCCCGGAAGAAGCUCAAUAAGGAUUUCAAUGUUGAGGUUGCUUCAGAUGAUGUUGAUAAUGCUUACUGCUUUUGGAUGCUUAAGCAUCCAUCAGCGCUGAAUUCGUUCGAGCGGAUUACAAAUUUUGCAAGGAACAAGAAGAUAGCAAUAUUUCUAGAUUAUGAUUGUGUUUUAAACUGUUGCCAGAUGCGUUCAGCUGUAAGAAAUGUUGCGAAGCAUUUUCCAACUGCUAUUAUUAGUGGAAGAAGCCGCGAUAAGGUAUAUGAUUUGGUAGGACUAACAGAACUUUACUAUGCUGGUAGUCAUGGAAUGGACAUAAUGGGUCCUGUCACUAAUACAGACUCCAAUGACCAUCCAAACUGUGUGAAAUCUACUGACCAACAGGGUAAGGAGGUAAACCUCUUCCAGCCUGCUAGGGAGUUUAUACCUAUGAUCGACGAGGUUUUUAGAACCCUCGUCGAGAAUACUAAAGGGAUCAAAGGUGCAAAAGUUGAAAAUCACAAGUUUUGCGCCUCUGUACAUUACCGUAAUGUAGAUGAGAAAAAUUGGUCUACAAUUGCACAAAGUGUUCAUGAUAUUCUCAAAGACUACCCUCGUUUACGAUUAACUCAUGGGCGGAAGGUUUUAGAGGUCCGCCCUGUUAUUGACUGGAACAAGGGAAAAGCAGUUGAAUUUUUGCUUGAAUCUCUUGGGCUAAAUGGUAGGGAUGAUGUGCUCCCAAUUUAUAUUGGUGAUGAUAGGACCGAUGAAGAUGCAUUCAAGUUCUUGAAGAAGAAGAAGAAGCGUGGUUAUGGAAUUCUGGUGUCGCCGGUUCCAAAAGAAACCAGUGCCUUCUACUCUCUCAAGGACCCAUCAGAGGUCAUGGAAUUUCUCAAGUCCUUGGUGAGAUGGAAGGAGGAAGAAGCCAAUUAAAUGCUAAGGGAGCACUUAGUUGAUCUGAAAUAUAGUAUUAAUAGGCUUUUAGUUUUUUUUAUAAGUUUUGAACUCCACAAGAACUCAAGGCUGCUAAAAGCAGCUGCUGUUAUUUUACAACCUCAGUUGUCAGUUCAGAGCUUCUCAGUUAUUUUGUUAUUUCAUGUCUUUGGCUUAUAAAAAAUAAGUAUUUUCUCCCCAUUUUCAUCUCUCAAAGCUUUCCUUACCACGAUGGUUCCUUCUAAUCUUGUAGACUUUGUGGAAUGUCACAAACUGUUUCAGUGUACUGCACAAAAACUUCUCUAA